AGCCGCCCCGCACAACUGAAAUAAGGUAGAAAGCUCUGUGGGGAAAGGCGUGGGACGGCUUAAGCAUCUAUCCUGCUAAUCGAGCCCUGCAAGCAGCACUAACAGCAACACCAUGCGCCGGAAGGGUGGCAGCCGGGGCCAGAACGAGGCCGCCGAUUCCGGAGCCGAGACCGGCGGGUCAGAAUGCAGCUGUGUGUCAUCUUCUGGCAGUGAACUUUCUGUGGCGGGUGUACAGGAUCCUUUUCUUCUUAGCAUGCAUAUCAUUGCAGAUUCAGGAGAAUCUGGUGCUCUUCAGCAAGUGAUUGAUAGCCUGUUGGCAUGGAUCCAUCCAGAACUUCAACUCUUCCAGGUUUCUGAAAGGCAGAUACCAAGGAAGCCUGACAAAGCUGACGUUUCCCAGCCGGCCCUUGCAGUAAUCCUCUUUCUGAAAGAAGAAUAUGAUGAAGAGCCAAUCCUGCAGCUCCACAAGUCCUUUCAAAAGCCACCCUGGCAUUACCACCACACUGAGCGAGUGCAUGGCAAUUUCCUCCCUUACAUGCCAGGCAGCCAGGACUUUUUCACUUUGGCACAAGGGACUCCUUUGUGGGCCAUCCGUCCAGUGCAUUAUGGGAAGGAAAUAAUACGUUUUACCAUCUACUGCAGGAAUGAAAACUUUGCCAACAUUAUGAAGCUCUAUGAGUUAAUCCUGAGAAGACCGGUUUGUCAGAAAAAGGCAGACUUUUGUGUGUUUCUUGUCUAUUCCAAUAUGGAUGUAGAUAUUCAGUUCUCUGUAAAGAGGCUCCCAAGAGGCCACAUGCCAAGUCUCACAGAGUCAGCUGUGCUGGAGUUCCGAGUGAAAGAUAUUGGGCACCUUGUACCUCUCUUACCCAAUCCGUGCAGCCUGAUCAGUGAAGGCAGAUGGCAAACUGAAGAUCCUGAUGGGAAUAAGAUCCUUCUGCAGCAGGCCCAGUAUAAGAAGUGUGCUAAGCUGAGCAAGUUUUGCUGGCCAUCUCCUUCAAGGAACCUUCCUGUUUCACCACUUCCAAGUUUUAUUUCCCACAGCAAUCAGUGGACUCUUAACAACACCAGUGAUCCUUCAGAACCAGUUGAUUCAAUCACAUUUCAUCGUGCCAAUCUGUGCUUUGGUGUUUCCCAGCAGGACUUGAGAAAUUAUGAUCAAGAACACAUUCCCAGAAGAUCCAGCAGUGCCUCUACCAACUCAGAUCCAUUUCAGCGAAGCAAGUCUCUUGUUUGCUUGCCCACAAUAAGCUCUUUCCUGGCCCCCAGGUCCUUUCAUUAUAGUGAGCCAAACUCGUUAAGCACUUUCUCUUCUGUGCAAAGGACAAGAAACCGAGUUAACAUUGAUGACUUGGAAGGAGUUCAGGAGACUGAUGUAGACACAGGGAUGAAACUUGUUUUCUCUGAUCUGUCUGUGGUCUCAGCUUACUCAAUUCCAGAAGGGUUCAGUAAUUACAUGGAAGCAAAGACAAUGUGCCCUAUGCAAGAGCAAAGUGUCAAUAGAUUUAAGCAGUCUGGCUCUAGGGGAAGAUCCCCAUCAGCCAAGUGUAACAUCUUUGAAUUAUCUUCCAGCAAUCUUCCUUUUUCUUUUGAUUGGUCUUCCAGCUCUGCAAUAUUACCUUCAGGUUCUCCUUCACUGAGUCACUUUGAGAUCAGAUGUUUGCCAAGAGGAGCAGGUUUUUCUUUCGCUGACAGUAGAACAACUGAUGGUGGAAAAAGCAAUCAAGAAUUCUACAUCUGAACUUCCUUGUGUGUGCAUGUGUGUGUGACAGAGACAGAGAGAAUGCUAUAUGCUUUGGAGGCUUGGGUAUUCAGCCAGUUUCCACCCUAGCAACUUCAUAAGGGCUAGCACUGUGUGCUGCCCUUUGUUUCAGGGUGAUUCCUAGGGGCUUGUGGUAAUCUCCCUUAGGCUGCUGUAGUGAGGGGUGGUGGUAAACAGGGGUUCCAUUUUUUCUCGAAACACACAUACCACUUUUGUACAAGGACACAGAUUCUUUACCUUUUCUGCCCUGGCAACCAGGGCUGUGGAGUCGGAGUUGUGGAGUCGGAGUCGGGAGCAAUUUUGGGUGGAGUCGGAGCCGGUAGAAAUGUACCGACUCCGACUCCAACUC